UCAGCAGUGACAAUCUUAUCUGAUUUUAUAAUGAGAAGUACGUUUGCCUAAUGUAUCAGGUUGUGACUGAGAGAGAAAGAUUUGGCUGCUAUUUCUGACUCUUCGAACUGCCGUUCAGAGGCUCUUGUUGUUUCAUGAAAUGAUCAUGAAAUAUUUUCCAAUUGAACGGAGAAAUCCAAAUCCGAACAAGAUAAAUUAUCUGCUCCUGGCUUCGGUGCCAGUGAAGUGGUAGGAAAGUUGGGGGUGGUUGCGGCGGUGAUCUGUAGCAUGGGACUGCUGUCAGCAAGAGGAAGGGGGUCAACCAGUGUUGCUGCUUGUGGCUGUUCUUCUUUUGUACGCUUCGCCAUCGCUACCAAACUGUUUAGAGAAUUCAUGAAUAAACUAGCAAUGUCUGAAGGAAGGCAAUGCACAUCCAUAAAGCAAAUUAAGGAUAAUGAAGAAAUAAACCAAGAAGUUCCCCAGAACUAUGUACACCAAAAAUAUAUUCCAAAGUCUCCCAAAAUACAUUUAGAAUCAACCUCUGAUACUAAUUGGAAAGACAGAGCCCCUUCACCAAAAACUUUACCUACAUCAAAAGCAAGUCAAGAAGUGAAUUGGCAAGCUUCAAUGACAACUAUUAGAGCACGCAAUGCUGUUAUGUUUAAUAAUCCUUUGAUGUCGGAUGUUCGUUUUAUUGUAGGUACCACAUCUGUAUGGGCUCACAAAUAUGUAUUAGCAACAGCUAGUUCAGUAUUCUUUGCUAUGUUCUAUGGUGCACUUGCAGAUCAAACUAAUUCCAAUGAAAUACAUGUCACCGAUAUUCAACCUGAUGCUUUCUUAAACUUACUCAGAUAUAUCUAUUGUGAUGAAAUCCAGCUGGAUGCUGACAACGUCUGGUCUACUUUAUAUGCAGCAAAGAAGUAUCUAGUGCCAUAUUUAACAAAAGCCUGUGUACAGUACAUGGGAACAACUCUCAGUGCACGAAAUGCUUGUGUUUCAUUAAGCCACGGUCUGUUUUUUGAAGAGGAAGAAUUAACACAAAGAUGUUGGGAAGUUAUUGAUGCUCAAGCUGAAGAAGCACUCAAGUCUGAAAGUUUCUGUGAAAUCGAUCAUUCAACUCUGCAAUCUGUUUUGGCAAGGGACACGUUAAAUGUUAAGGAAUUGUCAAUUUUCAAUGCUGCAUGUAAGUGGGCAGAAGCUGAAUGUUUACGACAAGAUUUGCAGCCCACUCCCGAAAAUAAACGAGCUGUUUUGAAGUCUGCUAUGUAUCACAUUCGCUUACCUGCAAUGUCUCUUGAAGACUUUGCUAAUGGUCCAGCUCAAUCUGGAAUCAUAACAUUAAAGGAAACCACAGAUAUUUUCCUUCAUUUCACUGCACACUCCAAACCUAUUCUUCCAUUCAUUCAUAAUCAAAGGACCGGACUUCAACCACAAAAAUGCCGACGCUUUCAAUCCUCAGCGUAUCGAAGUAACCAGUGGCGUUAUCGUGGGCGGUGCGACAGCAUUCAGUUCUCUGUUGACAGACGAAUAUUUAUUGUAGGUUUUGGUCUUUAUGGGUCUAGUAAUGGUGCUGCUGAAUAUCAAGUCAAAAUAGAAUUGAAGAAAAAUGGAAAUAUUUUGGGACAAAAUCAGACUAGCUUUUUCUCUGAUGGCUCUAGUUCGACAUUUUCAGUAAUGUUUGAGAAACCAAUUUCAGUUGAGGCAGAUACAUUUUACACAGCCAGUGCCAUUCUUGAUGGUGCAGAACUAAGUUACUUUGGCCAAGAAGGUAUGGCUGAAUGUCAAUGUGGUAAAGUGACUUUCCAAUUCCAGUGUUCCUCGGAUAGUACCAAUGGAACAGGAGUGCAAGGAGGACAAAUACCAGAAAUUAUUUUUUAUUGAAAAUGUAGUUAAAUUAGAUUUUAAGUAAUAAAUUAUUAUAUUUAAAAAUUGCUGAAAUGUAUUUCAGGGUCGCUGACAAACAUUUUCUUGUUGUUUCUUUUGUUCUUUAACAAUAACAUUUUACCAUUUACAUCUACUUAAUUGAUGUCAUUAACAUUUUAUCAGGAAUACUAUGUGAUAAUAAAAACAUGUUAAUUUAUAUACAUUUUUAAAAACUUGUAACAUAUCUUAGAUGCAUCCUAUUUUAUGAUGCUGAGACACUACUUUCUUUUUCAAUUAAUCACAUUUAAAACUAUUUUUGGUAAGAAAUGAAAUUAUUCUGAAGUUAUUUUGGUAGUUAUUAGUGCA